CAGUAAGCACAACCUUAUCCCAAACCUGCGCAUGUCCUCACAGUCCGCCCUUACAGCGUACAGUUUCCAUGCCGUGCUGGCAGAAACUGAAGCUGCUAAGCGGCAGUCACCACGCUGGAAGAUUAGUGGUCCCGGCAUCAACGAACUUUCUUUGUUACUAGGACACUCUCACUCUCUGUAUAAGAGGAUGUACUGCAGUACCGUAGUGCACCAAAGUCCCAAAACCUGGGGGGCUAAUUUUGCUCGCCGUGGAUAUCAUAAUCGAUUGACCAUGUAAUUAAUGAAACGAAUAGGGAGUUUUGGACCGGGUUCCGACAAUGAGUCUGCAGCUGCUGCCAGACAGCUGAAGGAGAAAACGAGAGGGAAAGGAGGAGGAGCAGGAGGGUUUGGUGGAGGAUGUAGGAGCACGCAAGAAACCUAGAGUCGUGGGAUUGAUCAGUGGGAUUGAUCAGUCGACGGAUUAAUUUCGAGAGGGAAAGAAGGGUUCAGCAUUGUGGAGAUGGAGAAAUAUGUUUGUGGAUCUCUGGACACAAUCUUCUACAUCCCUGAUUUCCUGACAGUUGAGGAACAAGAUUCUCUUGUCCGUCAGGUCAAAAGCGCUCCUCUUGCGAAAUGGAAAUCACUCAAGAACCGAAGACUUCAAAAUUGGGGAGGAGUAGUUCACGAGAAGGGCCUGAUUCCUCAAUCUUUGCCAUCAUGGUUGAAACCAUUGACAGAGAAAAUUGAAAGCGAAACAGGGCUCUUCCCUUCUCCAAUCAACCAUAUACUUGUAAAUGAGUAUGAACCAGGGCAGGGUAUCAUGCCGCAUCAAGAUGGUCCUCUUUAUUUUCCGGUUGUGGCUAUAGUGUCUCUGGGAUCUCCUACUGUGAUGAGAUUUUCUCCUCAUUCAAAAAUUGUCAACCUAGAGGAGGGAAAUGAAUACAAGAGAAAGGAAAAGUUACUGGAUGUCAGAGAGGAUUUUACUGACAAAGAGGCUCCGGAGCACGCCAAGGAGGAGCGUAACCUUAAGGAUGUAUCCUUAAUUCUGUUGCGAGGAAGUUUGCUUCUGUUCAAAGACUCUGCUUACAAAGAUUACUUGCAUGGGAUUGAUGAAUGCUCGGAGCACGCGUUGGAUGACACAGUACUAAAUCCUGAUGUUAUCAAGGUUCUAGGUGCUGAAAACGAGGCAAGUGACGUCCCUGACCCUGGGCACAUGUCUGAAGCGCAGAUAUUACGCCGAACUGGAACAAGAAUCUCUUUGACGUGCAGAUGUGUUCCAAAAGUAGUAUUGUCCAAUAUUUUAAGGUUGUAAUGUUACAAACUUAUUAACGUAUUAACGUUCUGGCAAACAUCUGGAUUGCACUUGGCUAUUUCUUUCAGCAAAUGUGCCAGGGUUUACCAGAUUCGGAACUCGUCGUGUUGAUGAGAUGUCUUGGGGUGUGGUCGUGAGUUAUGCAAUCGGUGAUCAUUCAUAUUGUAAUCUUAUGUUUAUUUCUGCCUACUGUGAAUGAAAUAUACAUCGCUAUCUAUCCCACUCAUUCGCAAGUUAUCGACGGGUGACGUUACAAUGUUGCGACUACUAUCCUUGGUGCUAAAUCAUGAAAAAUUCGCAGUCCUGUUGGAAAUAUGACAUUGGGACAGUCAAAAGGUGCAAGUUCAAGUUUGAUUUGACUUAGAAACUCAUCGAUCAUGUCCAUUGUUUAGUAUGCUAGUUUCAUCUCCAAGAAAAUGUUAUAUCGUUUAUAAACACUACUGCGAAGCUAAAAGCAGGUAAGGAUACCAAAAGCUUGUCGCAUACCAAAGAAUUAUGAUACGUAGAGUGGAAGCAUCUAAUGGUAAGAAAAUUCUAUCUGAUAUUGAGUAACAGUGGAAGUGGUGAUAACUUUAAAACCCGCCAAAAUUCGGCUCGCGAAGCUCUGAACUGGUGGAUGAAACACCUUGAACGAUCUGCGGGUUAUUGUGUGGAAAGCUCUCUUGGAAUUAAUUUAUCUGUUUUGUGAAGGAAGUGCUGAAGAACUUGUCGUGAGGCAUGACGCCUAAUUUAGUAGAUGAGCCACUCCUGGAAUAAACCUAAAAAAUAUUCCAUGACAACCUGCGCUUCAGUGAUGCGUACUUUUCUCGCCGUCUCAUCUGCCAAGAAAAAAAAGUUUUUCGAAAGAAAAAGUUUUUCCUCAAACUUUGAAUUAUUCUAGGUCAAAGACAGCACGUGUUGUGAGACUCAAUGAUGUAACCACAAUUCUGAGAAAAGUGGAAUCUUUAACAGACGACAUUCUAGUUAUAGGAUGAAAGCGCUGGAUUUGCCAAUCGACGAGCGUCAACUCUUGCUUCAGCUUUCGCAAAGUGAUAAGACAUUUAUGAGACCAAACAAGCUUUUCAUCAGGUUGGUUAAGCAACGGGGAAAUCUGGACCUGGUGCGCCACUACCUGC